AUGAUUGCGAUUGAAAAGAACCAGCGGCUUUUGAGAAGAAGGGCUAAGAAAAUAGAAGAAAGGCUAACUUCUAUUGAGAGUAAGGUGGAGCAGAGUCAUGGUGAAGACAUGGAUUUUCGACAGUGGGAUCAUAUGGACUAUGAAGAAGGUGACGAGAAAGAGGCUGAUGACAAUGCUCAGCAAGAGGGUGAGAAAGAGAAGAAAAAUAGUGAGGCUGAUGAGCAAGACAAGGAAGACAGUGAGAGUGAGAGUGAGAGUGAGACUGAUGAGUUGAAGCAAUUGAAGAAGAGAAGUAGAGCACAAGCUGAUAAAUUGUGGAAGGAAAUUGAAGAUGAUGAAGAAGAGGUUGGAGGGAAACAUGAUGAAGAAGAAGGGGAAGAUGAUCAAGAAGAAAUUGGAGGGAAAGAAGAUCAAGAAGAAGAUGUUGAAGGGAAAGAGUCUGAAACAAGGAAGCAAGAAAAGGAGAAAAGUGAGACUGACGAGGCAGAGAUAGAAAAAGUGGUGGAAUCUGUGGUAGAAGAGAAAGAUGAUCACGAAGAGGUUGGAGGGAAAAUGGAUCAAGAAGUUGGAAGUGAACCUCGGGUUGAGGCAGAGAUCAAUGAAUCAGGGGUUGAGGCAGAGAUUAAUGAGCCUCGGGUUGAGACGAAUAGAACCGUUGAAACUCCAACACCACCAUAUGGGAAUCAGACAGAGGGAACUCCCACACCACCACGUGGUAGGACUAAGGCAAUGACUGCGAGGAGACUAGUGACAAAGGCUAUGGAUGAAGAACCUGGAAAAGGUGAGAAAGUUGUGGAAGAAGAGAAAAAAUGGAAGGGGGUGUGGAAACAGAGGAAAAAAGCAGGGAGAAAGUUGUGGAAGAACAGAAAAAAAGAGGAUGAGGAUGUGAAAGUUUUUGAAGAACAGACUGGGGAAGUUGUCGAAGAACAGGCUGGGGAAGUUGUUGAGGAAUAUACUGAGGAAGAAAAGCAAAGGUGGAUCAUGGUCGUUUACAAGAAAGCACCGAGUCCUUGGAUCAUCCAUAGGUGCAAGAAGAAAACAAUGAUGUAUGGCAAACCGAGAGGCAGACCAAGGAAGAAUGUCGCUGUUGCUGCACCUAAGAAAAGUGGCAGACCAAAGAGGAAAUCACAGUGGGUGCAGACUCCUUUCACGAAGGGGAAGAAGCGUAAAACAAAGCCUUAG